UUGAUAUGAUGGGUGACAUGUGCAGUUUCCCGGCAAAAUAAAAAUUUCAAGGUUCACAACGGGUGGUGCAUUAAUAUAAUAUAGAGGGUUUUCCGCUAAUAAUUUGUAGUGUUCCUACCCUGAAACAAUUGUUUGAAUUUAUAUAUUCUACAUUCAAAAUUUGUCAACGCUUUUUAGCUGAAUAAAAGCAUACUGUUCUGUGUGACUCGAAAAGAACCCACUAAAUGCCGCUAUAAAUACCAUGGCUAGCUCCAAAUUUGUUAAAAAGUUGACUUCGAUGGCCAUAGUUGGAGUAGGUGGCGUCGCAGCCUUUACUGGAAUAAGCUUCUAUAAUGGAAAUGAAAAAUUUUACGAAAACAUUUUAAUGCCAACUAUUCAAAAAGUAUCAGGAGAAACAGCCCACGAGUUAGCGAUUUUUUUAUGCAAGCAUAAUUUAUUUCCUUCCUCAACUCUGAAAGAUCCUGAAUCGCUUAAAAUAUCGUUCUUCAAUCACCAGCUUUCCAAUCCAAUAGGCAUCGCUGCUGGAUUCGAUAAACAAGGUGAAGCUGUUGAAAAUCUGGAAAGAAUCGGAUUCGGGUUCGUGGAAAUUGGUUCAGUGACUCCUCAACCACAGCCAGGUAAUCCAAAGCCCAGAGUAUUCCGUUCACCUUUGGACGAGGCGAUAAUUAAUAGAUAUGGUUUCAAUAGCUUAGGCCACGCGGUUGUGUUUGAAAAUUUGAAAGGUAUGAAAGAGAGGCAGCGAUUUAAAGGAGUUCUGGGCGUUAAUUUGGGUAAAAAUAAAACUUCUGAAAAUGCUCUAGAAGACUACAGCAAAGGGCUCAGGCUAUUUUCACCAAUAGCAGAUUACAUAGUGGUUAACGUAAGUAGCCCUAACACACCCGGGUUGCGGAGCUUACAAAGCAAAAAGGAGCUCCAAGAGCUGUUAACAAAUUUAUUGAAAAUCAGAGAAUCUCUUCCUGCCGAACAUCGAAAACCCAUUUUAUUAAAACUCGCUCCAGACUUAACAAAAGACGAUGUAAACGAUAUUGUUACAGUCGUAACUAAUGGCAGUUCUAAGAUAGAUGGCCUUAUCAUUUCUAAUACAACGAUCGGUCGAGACGACUUAAAGAACGAAACCUUUGCAAGGGAAACUGGUGGUUUGAGUGGUCUUCCAUUAAAAUUGAAAUCUACUCAACUGAUCGCUGAAAUGUAUUCACUAACGAAGGGCAAAAUUCCAAUCAUAGGAGUUGGAGGAAUAUUUUCAGGUCAAGAUGCAUUUGAUAAAAUCGAAGCGGGUUCUUCAUUUUUGCAGUUGUACACUGCAUUCGCUUUACAUGGACCACCGGUGGUGGAAAAAAUUAAAUCUGAGUUGGAUGGAAUUUUAAAGGAGAAAGGAUUUAAAAGCAUUGAAGCCGCGGUUGGUUCGAAUUAUAAAAAAUAUUUAAUUGGCAAAAAGUAAAUAUGUAUUAUGUUCUAUAUAUAUUUAAUAAGAAAUUGAAUAAAGUGAUAUACAUUUUUGUUACGUUUUCUAA